UUGGAGUGUAUUGACAUAGCGACAGCAGAGCUGUGUUUUCUGACUGAGGUGAAACUGAAAUUUAGCUUGUGUCACGAUUUGUAUUAAAAUCGACAUUACUAGCUGCCAUGAACGGAGCAGUGGUAAAAAAGACCCAAGAUACCUUGGGGAAAGUGAUCAAGAAACCGCCGCUCACCGAAAAACUGCUAAGCAAACCGCCGUUUCGAUACCUGCACGACAUAUUCAGCGAGGUCAUACGGACCACCGGCUUCAUGAGAGGCCUGUAUGAAGACUCCGAGAUGAAGUCAGACAACGUAAAGGAUAAGGACAGUAAGAUAGCGUUCCUGCAGAAGGCGCUGGACGUGGUGAUGCUGGUGAGUGGGGAGCCCCUGGCUGCUAAGCCGGCUCGCAUCGUAGCCGGCCACGAGCCUGAGAGGACCAACGAGCUGCUGCAGGCCAUCGCCAGGUGCUGCCUCAGCAAGCUGUCCAGCGAGGAGGCAGUGAAAAGGGUGCUGGCUGGGGACAAGCUGGACCCCAGGGGGAAGGCCAGCGCCUCCCGCUCCCAGGACAAGGAGAACAGGGAGGGGGGAGAGCGCCCCAGGGACAGAGAGGAGAGGAGGGAGAUCCGGGAGCGCAGCGGCAGCCGGGAGCACAAGGACCCGGACCGGCCCAGAGACCAGGACAGCCGCCGGGAGCACAAGGACCCGGACCGGCCCAGAGACCAGGACAGCCGCCGGGGGGACAAGGACCCGGACCGGCCCAGAGACCAGGACAGCCGCCGGGGGGACAAGGACCCGGACCGGCCCAGAGACCAGGACAGCCGCCGGGGGGACAAGGACCGCCACCGGGACACGGAGCGCUCGGAGAAACCCAGAGACAGAGACAGGACCAAGGACAGGGACAAGGACAAGAGCCGGGACCGAGAACGUGACAAGGACAAGGGGAGGGAGAAGGAGAGGGAGAGGGACAGAGAAAAGACCAAAGAGAGAGAUUCCCACAGGGAUAGAGAGAGGGAGCGGGAGAAACGGAGAGACAAGGAGAAGGAGAGACACAAGGAGGGUGAGGAGAGGAACAGGCCUUUGGAGAAGGGCGACAGGAAGGCCAGAGCGUCGGAGGAGACGAGACCAAAACCACACCCAGAGGAGCCCAGUAAAACUACCAAACCAGAACAAGCAGCUGACAGCCCAGCCAGGAUACCCCGGCCCUCGUCUGCCAAGGGUCAGAGACGCAGACCCAAGCCUGGAGGCCCAGAAGAAUCAGACAGUGACGGAGAUGGCGACGCCCCCCUGGCAGAGAGGCCCCUCCCCCAGGAGAACGGAGACUCGAAGGACACAGCGUCCCCCCCUCACCUCGCUCACAGCAGCAGGAGUGUUCCCCGGCCCAGCAGCGCCCGCCCUGCUCCCCCCCGUGUCCGGAGACAGGACAGCCACACGGAGGGCACGCCUGCUGACAGGCUGAGCAGUGCCAAGCCCCCAGCAGCCGUCAUCAUGGAGGGGAGGAAGCUGUCUGAGGAUGAGGAGGAUGAUGAAGAGCUGUUUGUGGUGGAGGAGACUGUCCCCCCGCCCCCAGACAUGCCUGAGAUGGAGCCGGAGCCUGCUGUUGAACUCCGGGGUGAUGAGAAACAUGGCGGGUUGGUGAAAAAAAUACUUGAAACGAAGAAAGAUUUUGAGUCUUCGCCGUCCUCCCCCAAGUCUAAAGAGCAGGGCGUGGUGUCGGAGGCGUCCCGCAGGAAGGAGCGUGAGCUGGUUACCAGGGAGAUGGAGCGCGUGCGUGCGUCCAUCCAGACGCUGUGUCGCAGCGCCCUGCCGCUGGGGAAGAUCAUGGACUACCUGCAGGAGGACGUGGACGCCAUGCAGCAGGAGCUGCUCACCUGGAGACGCCACAACCAGGAGCACACACUGGCCCUCCAGCAGGAACAGAGGGUGACUGACAGUGCCGUGGAGCCCCUGAAGGUGGAGCUGCAGGAGCUGGAGCAGCUGAUCAAAGAGCAGCAGGACAGGAUCUGCACCGUCAAGUCCAACAUCCUGAAGAACGACGACAAGAUCCACAAGAUGGUGACCAGCAUCAACUUUUCCUCUCAGACAUGAGACAACAGGCCCCUAAUAAACCCAGCCCUUCUACACCUCCCCUCCACAGGCAGGGAGUCUGCCUGUCUGUCGUACUGUCUGCUGUUGGUGUCACUGUUCUCAGCUGCACCUCCUCUGGUGUCCCAGGGGGGGCGCUGGUCCCAGGGGCCUGGCCAUCCCCACUGUGGCCCCAAAUCCUUUCAUAGUGCCUUUCAACACGCACAACCCCCCCCUCCCCAUCUCUGUCUCUCGCACACACUCAGACCUGCCUAGUAAGGUCCAGUGAGGAUCUCAUUCAUUUCAAGAAAAGCCACAACUAUUCAGUCCUGUGAAUUUCUUCUUCUGUUUUCCUCUUAAAUGUGAAUUCUGCAUUUUUUGAAUUAUUUCAUUGCUUUCAAUACAUGUUUAUUCGAAAUGGACAUGGUAGGAUUUUAGUUUAAAACUAAUAAGGCGCAUAGUCAACUCCCUACGAAUAACAAAACAGUAAUUCAGCUGGCGUUUCACAGCCAUGGUUUUGUCAGUUACACCUUGUUUAGCGAGACCACCUCAGUUUGACAGUACCAACAGAUGUGGAUGGAAAAUAGGAGUUCUUUAAUAGUUCCACCUGUGAAGCACCUCUGCACUUUGAAAGAAGACCAGGACAAACGGAGUGAUCAUUAGAGCAGGACACGGUUCCCUCGGUUAACACCACAGUGGAUGUGGAGUCAAAUCUAAUAGAACACUAUCAAAAUAAAAUAAGUUUCCGAAACGUUUUCAAAUAAAACCAUUGGUACUAUGAUCUGAAUGGACUUUCACUCCAACACCACCUAGUGGAUUGUAUGUUUUUGUCUUUGCUUUAGAAUACUAAUUUAAAAUAAGAAUAGCAAUUUAUUCAAAUUUUUCCAAUGAUUUAUACAAUAAAGCAAUAUAAAGAUUGUGAAGUUGCACUGAAAUAUAGACCAACUAAGUUUUCAAAGGGAAGGAAAGUGUAAAUGGACAGCGGUAACAUGCUUGAAACAAGUAUGAAAUACUAGCAACGUAUGAAACACUAGCAAUGUAUGAAACA